AUGUCAUAUCCUAUAGUAGAUGAUCCGUUAUCAAGUAAUACAGCAAGACUAUCCAUCUCACAAAAUGAAAUAGAAGAAGAAAAUCCACGUUCAAGGGUAAAAGAUCUUUUGAACUCAAAUGAUGUAUAUUCUUUGGAAAGAAGAAAUUCAGCAGUUUCACUUAAUUCAUUCGCAGAAGAAGAUGAAAGUCAUAAUUUACCAAGUGCAAAAUCAAGUCCCAAAAAAAUUUUACAACAAAAGAGAAGGAGAUCAUCCAAUCAAUCUCUCAAUACAGCAACACCACCGAUCAAGAAAGAGAGAAAAGUACAUAAAAAGAAGUUAAAGAAGCAAUUGGCAAUUCCAAGUAUUGAAUUUCAAACUAUUGAUGAUAAAGAACACUCCAAAAGAUUUCCUUUCAGAAAUUUGAGAUCCUUAGUAUUACAUAUUUUUAAUGUACCAACUGGACAAAAAAUGAAAUGGUGUAAAAUUGAUCACGUUGAUAAAAUAAAAAAUAUAGUAAUCUGUUCAGUUAAUGGGUUAGAUGUGGAACCAGCAAUUACAGAGGAAUUCAAGAUCAAUGAAUUGUUACAAAAAAUACCGAUUGAAAAUUUAGAGUUGACCGAUGAAUUAUCAUUUAUUAAACAAAACUUCAAAAAUGUCAUAAGAACUAUAUCACCAGGUGGGAAAGAUACACUAUAUCAACCGUUAGAUUCAAUAAGUAAUAUACCCUUAACCAAAAAUGAGAAAAAAUUAAUACUAGACAAACUGAAACAAGAUAAAAUUACCAUUAAAGAUUUAUUAUUGAAUGAAAGCCAAUUACAACAAUAUGAUUACCCAAUCACAAAAGUAGACGAAUCUUGGUCAGAAACAAUCACUCCAAUAGUAGAAGAAAGAGAAUCUAAAAUAUUUGCAUUAGAUUGUGAGUUUUGUAAAGCUGGUCAUUUGCAGGUAUUAACAAGAAUUUCCGUAAUUGAUUUUGAAGGAGAAGUUGUAUUUGACAAAUUAGUAAAACCAGAAGAAGAAAUAACAGAUUACGUAACGAAAUAUUCAGGAAUAACUGAAGAGUUGCUAAAAGACGUGACUACUACAAUAUAUGAUAUACAACUAUUAUUUUUAUCCACAGUAUUCAAGAACGACAUACUAGUUGGUCAUUCCUUAGAAUCAGAUUUAAAAGUUAUGAAAAUUGUACAUAUGAAUAUAGUUGAUACUGCUGUAAUAUAUGAACAUAAUAGAGGUCCACCUUCAAAACCUUCAUUAAGAUGGUUAGCUAGCAAUUACUUAGCAAGAGAUAUACAAAUAGGUGAAGAUGAUGGUAAAGGUCAUUCAUCCAUCGAAGAUGCAUUAACUUGUUUAGAUUUGGUGAAAUUAAAAAUUUUAGAAGGUAGAUGUUUUGGUACAAAUAUAAAUGAAAUACCGAUAUUUGAAAGAUUGUUUAGAACAAGAACUAAUGAAACUGAAAAAAAUUUCAAAUCAAUGGUAAUUUCAUAUUGUAAAAACCCAUCAAACUCAGAAGAAUAUGUUGAUAAGCAUAGUAUUACAAACGAUGAUGAAAUACUAGAAAUACUAAAUCAAUCAUCAGACAAGUUCCCAAAUUUCUCAAUAAUCGAAUUGAAAGAUCUUGAAUAUAACUUGAAGUGGUCAUUGCCGUCAGAAUUUUAUGAUGGAAAAUUAGACCACGACAUCAAAGAAUCACACAAAAGAGUAAACACUAACAUCACAAAAAUUUACGAAAUUUUACCAGAUAAUACCUUAUUUUUGGUCUGUUCACAACUGAAAAACCCAAGUAGAAUGUACAGUUUACAAAGAAUAAGAAAGAAUUUUCAAAUGUUGGAGAAAAAUGGUAUACUAGAUUUAGAAACUUUACCAAAUGAAGAAAAAUGGGAUGUCUUUAAAAAUGAUGAAUUAUUGAAUGAAACUAAUUUGGCUAGAGAAUCUUUGUUAUUUAUGAGAUUGAAAACUACAACCGCCACUGUUAAUAAUAAUGAUUAA